UCCAUCUCUUUCUCUCUCCUUCAUUCAACAUCUCUUUCUAUCUACAUCUCUUUCAGAGCAUCUCUCUCUCUCUCUGUCCCUCUUUCAUUCGGAGCGAUUGAUUUUCUCUCUUUUCCUCGUCUCUCCCCUCCCCCACUCCGCCUCUCUGAUUUGGGAAAACUCUGGGUUGGGAUAAUAGAGUGAAGCUGAUUUUGAUCGUUUUUCAAAAGCUGGACUCUUUCCUUUUACCCUGUUGAGUGUACAGCUACGCCAGCUUCAGUGAAAAGAACCGCCUCUUUCACUCUCUGCAAGUGACCUGAACUAACCAUCACAGCCUUUACAUAGCUUCUCUCACUGCUGGACUUCAUCUGCUGUCCAUUUCGACUGUUGAUGUGUGUGUCUGUGUGUAUGUGUGUGUGUGUAUGUGUGUAGGGGUGUGAGGAUAUGAGAGGGGGAGUGAAUAUUCAGGCCCAAACACCAUGCUGCUUCUGACAUGCAGGGAUGAGUGUGUGGCUGGCAGUCAACAAGGUUUUUCUGGCCUCCUCCUCCGCAAUGCUGGUUUGUGGUCACUGUGGCUCAUCUUCACCCCCUCAGGAGAAGAGAUCAUGUCCUGUUUCACUGACCCAGCCCCCAGUCCCUUUCCGCCCCUGGCCCCGCCCCUCCCUUAUCCAGCUUCUUCUCCUGUGCCUGCUGCUGCUGCCCCCUGGAAGCCAGUCCAGACGGGACCGUGGAGGUGGGGGGGGCGUGGCCCACUACCUCCCUGGGGCGGGACAUGAGCUGCUGGGGGUGGGGCCUAAGCUGCUGCAGGGCCUGAGCAUCGCCGUGGUUCUGGUGGGAAACUCCAGUGAAGUGGCAAUGGCAAGUGCAAGGGAUAAAGAUGAUUUUGCACACACUCCUCUGGCCCCCAGUGUGGAAAUGCUGACCAUGAAUGAAACUGACCCGAAGAGCAUCAUAAAGAGCAUCUGCGACCUGAUGACUGACCACUGGCUACAGGGCGUGGUGUUUGGGGAUGAUACUGAUCAGGAAGCCAUUGCUCAGAUACUGGACUUCAUCUCUGCUCAAACACACAUCCCCAUACUCGGGGUCAAAGGCGGGUCAUCCAUGAUCAUGGCAGCUAAGGAUGAUAAUUCCAUGUUUUUCCAGUUUGGGCCAUCCAUCGAGCAGCAGGCCUCUGUAAUGCUGAAUAUUAUGGAGGAAUAUGACUGGUAUAUCUUCUCCAUCGUUACCACAUACUACCCUGGCUACCAGGACUUUGUCACUAAGAUCCGCAGCACUAUAGAAAACAGUUUUGUAGGCUGGGAGCUGGAGGAGGUGCUGCUACUUGACAUGUCAGUGGAUGAUGGGGACUCGAAGAUCCAAAACCAGCUGAAGAAGUUGCAAAGUCCAGUCAUCCUGCUCUACUCCACCAAAGAGGAGGCCAACAUUAUCUUUGAAGUGGCACACUCUGUGGGCCUCACAGGUUAUGGAUACACCUGGAUUGUACCUUCUCUGGUGGCGGGGGAUGCUGACCACAUUCCUCCAGAGUUCCCCACAGGUAUGAUCAGUGUGUCUUAUGAUGAGUGGGAUUAUGGUCUGGAAGCACGGGUGCGUGAUGGCAUUGCCGUAAUUGCCAUGGCGACCUCCACCAUGAUGAUGGACCGUGGUCCACACACACUGCUGAAGUCAGAGUGUCAUGGAGCUCCGGAAAAGAAAAGCCCAGUAUCGGGCAACCCUAAUGAAGUCCUGCGGUAUCUCAUGAAUGUGACGUUUGAGGGCCGUAACCUGUCCUUCAGUGAGGAUGGAUAUCAGAUGCACCCAAAACUGGUCAUCAUCCUGCUGGACAAAGACAGGCAGUGGGACAGAGUGGGAAAGUGGGAGAACGGCUCAUUGUUGAUGAAAUACCAUGUGUGGCCGCGGUUUGAGCUGUACUCUGGAGCAGAGAGCCGCCAGGAUGACCACCUCUCCAUUGUCACGCUGGAGGAAGCUCCAUUCGUUAUAGUGGAAGAUGUAGAUCCACUGAGUGGAACGUGCAUGAGGAACACUGUACCAUGCAGGAAACAGCUAAAGAUACGGAAUCAGACAGGUGACUCUAGUGUAUACAUUAAACGCUGCUGUAAGGGUUUCUGCAUUGACAUUUUGAAGAAAAUUGCCAAGUCAGUGAAGUUCACCUAUGACCUUUAUCUGGUCACCAAUGGCAAACAUGGCAAGAAAAUCAACGGCACCUGGAAUGGCAUGGUGGGAGAGGUGGUGGUGAAGAAUGCCCACAUGGCAGUAGGUUCUCUCACCAUAAAUGAGGAGAGGUCAGAAGUCAUUGACUUCUCGGUGCCCUUUAUUGAGACGGGCAUCAGUGUCAUGGUCUCACGUAGCAACGGGACUGUGUCGCCCUCUGCAUUUCUUGAACCCUUCAGUGCGGACGUGUGGGUGAUGAUGUUCGUCAUGCUGCUGCUGGUUUCUGCCAUCGCUGUGUUUGUAUUCGAAUAUUUCAGCCCUGUGGGCUACAACCGCUGCCUCGCUGACGGAAGGGAGCCUGGAGGCCCUUCGUUCACCAUUGGGAAGGCAAUCUGGUUGCUGUGGGGCUUGGUCUUUAACAACUCUGUCCCUGUGCAGAACCCCAGGGGCACCACCAGUAAGAUCAUGGUGUCCGUCUGGGCCUUUUUCGCUGUCAUCUUCCUGGCCAGCUACACUGCCAACUUGGCUGCAUUCAUGAUCCAGGAAGAGUAUGUGGACCAGGUGUCCGGCCUCAGUGACAAAAAGUUCCAGAGGCCUAAUGACUUCUCCCCUCCCUUCCGCUUUGGAACAGUUCCUAAUGGCAGUACAGAGAGGAAUAUCCGCAAUAACUAUAAAGAAAUGCAUUCCUACAUGGUUAAAUUUCACCAGCGCAAUGUGGAUGAAGCUUUACAGAGCCUGAAGGCCGGAAAGCUGGAUGCAUUUAUCUAUGAUGCUGCUGUGCUCAACUACAUGGCUGGAAGGGAUGAAGGCUGUAAGCUUGUGACGAUUGGCUCAGGGAAAGUUUUCGCCUCCACAGGCUAUGGCAUCGCCAUUCAAAAAGAUUCGGGAUGGAAAAGACAUGUCGAUCUGGCUAUCCUACAACUCUUUGGAGAUGGUGAGAUGGAGGAACUGGAGGCCUUGUGGCUAACAGGAAUCUGCCACCAUGAAAAGAAUGAAGUAAUGAGCAGCCAGCUGGAUGUGGAUAACAUGGCUGGAGUUUUCUACAUGCUGGGGGCGGCCAUGGCCCUGUCCCUCAUCACCUUCAUUGCUGAGCAUCUCUUCUACUGGCAGCUGCGCUUCUGCUUCAUGGGAGUGUGUUCUGGAAAACCAGGACUAACAUUCACUAUCAGCAGGGAGGUAUACAGUUGUAUCCAUGGUGUUGAAAUUGAGGACAAGGGUUCAGCAAUGAAUUCUCCCUCAGCCACCAUGAACAACACCCACUCUAACAUUCUGCGAUUGUUGCGCACAGCCAAGAACAUGGCAUCCCUGUCUGGGGUCAAUGGAUCACCCCACAGUGCCCUGGACUUCAUCCGCCGUGAGUCAUCUGUCUACGACAUCAGUGAGCACCGCCGCAGCCUGGCAGGACACUCGGACUGCAAGACCCCCUACCUGCCGGAUGACAACAUGUUCAGUGACUACAUCAAUGAAGUGGAGCGCACCUUUGGAAACCUGCACCUUAAGGACAGUAAUCUGUACCAGGAACACUACCUGCACCACCACACAGGAUCAGCCCUGGGACUGUCUGGUCCAAAUGUCCCCCGUCCUCCCAGCCUGGGGUCAAGCAGCUCCUUGGAAGGUGGCAUGUUCGACUGUGACAGUUUGGGUGGUGGGGUGGCACCAAUCUUCACCACCCAACCUUGCUCUGCCCUUACUCACCGGAAUAUGAGCAAGUUUGACCUGCUGCAAGCCCAGACUCCACCAUCAGGCCAGGGCUUCAAGCAAGGAUUAGCUGAUUUAUAUGGAAAGUUCUCAUUUAAGGGCGGAGCCUCCAGCUCAGGUUAUAUUCCAACAUGUCAUGACCGUUACUGCAGUGGUGCAGAUGAUGUGUCAGACAUUUCCACACACACAGUCACCUAUGGCAAUCUGGAAGGCAACAGCAAGAAGCGCAAGCAGUACCGAGAUAGCUUGAAGAAGAGGCCUGCAUCUGCCAAGUCCCGCCGUGAGCUUGUCCGGGAAAUGGAUCACAUUGAGAUGCGACGAAGGCCACAUCACAGUCACCACCAUUACCAUGGAAAACGCUCCUCAUCCCCACCCCUCCGAGGAGGAGGUUCUUCCUCAUUCCUGUACCAAGACAAGGAGGAGAGUCUGCGAGACUUCUAUUUGGACCAGUUUCGGCCCAAAGAGGGUGUGCCCCAGUGGGAGCAUGUGGACCUGACAGACGGGCCAAGUGGGGGUGGACCUGGUGUUGGGGUUGGAGCCAACUGCUCCAGCCUGGUGCCAGCGGAUGACUUCUUGAAGAGCAAACCCUCAAAGGCGGAGAGUAAAGGUGGAGGUGGGGAGUGGGAAUGCCGUAAUUGCCGUGCUAGCAGUGCAGGAAGCAAACGCAUGGCAUUGCAUGCUGGGGGUGGUGGCUAUAGUGGUGGAGGGGGCAGGGUCACUACUUGUGGUGCAUCUGGAGGUGGGCUGGGAGGUGGUGCCAGUCGGCCCAGCUCAGCAACAUGUAUGAGAUGCGAGGCAUGCAAAAAGUCUGGCAACUUGUAUGACAUCAGCGAGGACAGCAACCACCUAUUGGACCAGCUGGUGGGGGGGCGAGGCCAGACACCGUCACAGCGGCGGCGGGCUUUCAGCGGGAAGCCUCUGCGGAGACAGCAUUCGUAUGACACUUUCAUGGACUUGCAGAGGGAAGAAGGGGUGGGCAUUGGGCUGGGUGGUGGGGAUGUCAUGGGUGGAGCUUUACCGCCACCUCCUCGCAGUGUGAGUUUGAAGGAGAAAGAGAGAUACCUGGAGGGCACCAGCCCUUUUGCACACAUGUUUGACCACCAGGUUGCGACAGAUCGGGAUUUCUACAGCCCCGGUGAGCGGGGAAAAGGUUCAACAUCUCCCUUCGGCCUUUUCCAAGGGGGUGACAUUGGACCUAACCGGCGUUCUAUGGGGGAGAGAGACCUUCGAGAGAGAGGCCUAGCUGAGGGACCUACCUACUCUCUCUCCAAGUCUCUCUACCCAGACUGCACCAACCACAACCCAUUCAUCCCCACUUUCGGGGAUGACCAGUGCCUCCUGCAUGGAGCCAAGAGCUACUACAUGAAAAAGCAGCAGCAGCAGCUUUCCUCCUUCCUCCCCUCUUCUCGCUUCCCAAACCAGCAUUCGGGCAGCAAGCUGGGCCUUGGGCCGCCCAGACCCUUCAAUGGCACGAAUGGCCAUGUAUACGAGAAACUCUCCAGCAUUGAGUCGGAUGUUUGAGUGGGAGGGAGGGAGCAAGGGAGGGAGGGAGGAGGAUCAAUGGAGAGGAGAUAAAGUAUUAGAAAAGGCAUAAAUCACAUGAUGAGGAGAGGAGAAAGUGGAGAUCAAUUUAAGCUGACCAAUCCUAACCUAGCUACAGUAUCUGAGUAUCUUUGCAUUAGUCAGAUCGUUGUCUCACAGAAGCCUCACACCGCUUACUGUGAAACUCACGAUUUGUUCCACAGCCCGCAGAGCGCUAAAGAGGAAGUGGAGAGAUGGAGAAGUUAGACAACAGGCCAUAUGGGCAAGUGUCUGUGAGAGAGAGAGAGAGAGAGAGAGAGAGAGAACUAGAGAGGAGUGCAGUUAAGAGUUUUGCUAACCCUCCCCAAAAGCUUGUUCUCUUUCUCUCUGUCCUUUUUCUCUAUCCUCCCACUCAGAUCCUUUCUUCUCUCCUUUUCUCCUUCUUCUGUCUCCUUGACUCAUGUGUGCAUUGAAGUAACAAUCAUGAAAGAGAAUACAAAAUUCUGACGCUAACAGGGUAAUCAUUAAUAAUGCUACCAAUAACAUUGUAAUUGCAGAUCUGAUACUAGUACUGAUAUUGGUUGACUAAUGCUGGUUAAGGCUGGUUUUGGCAUUUUAGAUGCCAUGUUAUCUGGCAGUUUGGCAGUAGGCCUGCUUCCAGAUCAACACAACAGGAUCUUUCAUUUAUGUACCGUUUUGGUCUUUAUCAUUUCAAGACACUGUUGUGGACUGCCUUUUGUGUGGCUCCAAAAUGAACUGAAAUAGAGGUUUUAAACUGUGCUGAUAAGAAUGAUGGAAAAAGACAAGCUCUAAGGUGAUCCAUCAGCUUGGUUCGAGUCAUCCCACACAUGCAUACACAUGUACAUGAUUUGAUAUCAUUUGCAAAACUUAAUUGUUUCUGCUGCUGAUGUGGCCCAUUUCCGCAAAUUUUGACCUUUUUCUUACUUGCAGAACAUUUGUAUCACUUUUUUCCGAAGUGGUUUGGCCAUCAAGGGUGUGAUGAUGAGAGUAAAGGCCUCAGUAUACUUCUUGCAAAGAUGACAUCUGCCUGGCGAACAAUAUGAUAUUAUAAUCACAGAGAAAACAAACAACCGCACGCAGGGGCAGCUGGCCGAACUCUGUUGACAAACACGCUAUGUGACAAUGCCUGUGAUUGGUUAGUUUAAAUGCUAGUAAAACCUGAGAGAGUAAAACCUAAGCUCAUGGAGGUGGUUAUGGCUUCUUGUAAACUUUGCAAGUUCCAUUUCGGUCAAAGUAUACCGAGGCCUGAGGAAGAAAAGACAGAACGAAAAGGUCAGUAUCAGCACUUCUGGUGUAAAUAACACACUCUACUUUCUACACUUGCAUACACUUCACACACACAUGAUCUUCUUACAGUCUGAUAUACAGGAUGGACCUUUACUAUAUAUUUUACAAAAUUUAACAAAUAACCAAAAUAAGGACAAAAACAAAAAAAAAACCUCAAAAACAAAAAUAUGCAAAAUGUAGUUAAGACAAAACUAUUACUCAUUAUAAGUGAUAUAAUAAACAGUAGUUUCUUUGCUUUUAAAUUCAUGUUUAUUAUUUGAUAAUUAAGAAGCAGACUGGUUAAGAGUGUUUUUUUGCUUACUUUCACUAAGACGCCGCAGCCCGUGAGUGUUGGCUCCUGUGUUUUGAAACUGUUUCAUAAAAAAGUGUUGUUAAGUUUUAGGGCUCUUAAAUAAGUUUCCCUUAAAAUUGCAUUGUAAUUUUCACUACUUUUUACAGCAGGUUUUCAAGCUUUUGAUUAUGUAUGCCACAGUGUGGAUCAUCACCGAUUAUCCAGAAAGUCUUACAUGCACAAUGCGUUCUCUCACCGACCCACACACACUCUGCUUGGUGUGAGCUUCUGCUUUUGAAAAAGGCCGCACUUCCUUAGGAGUCGCUGCUUCUGUUUGGUUCAAAGUUAAUUAGUACGGUCACAGACAUUUUGCUUGUGUUGCAAAGCAGCAGGUGUCCAGCCUCUGGCAGAAAGGCUGCUGCUACUGCUGUGGAUUCAGCCUGAUUCACACCGUGAAGCUUUACUUGAACCUGAGGAGUCUCCUUCUCAUGCUAAUGUACUGUAUGAAGAAGGGCCUAGCACAUGAGGAAUGUUCGACUCGCACAUACAUGCACAUACAUACACGCACACCGUUUUCUCCAUUGUGCGAGGGCGCACGUGUGUGUGGUGCUGCAAUUAUGUGGCUACUUUCACUGUGUUUUUGCUUCCAAAUCAUUUAGUAAUCACUGUCCACUCUGGAUGAACUAAUCAAGAGUUAGUUAUCCAUGCUUUUUCCAAAGUAUUUCUUCUUAAUGUCCUUUUGAUUCAAACCUUUACUAUCUAUAUGUGUCAAUAGUACUUGUUGAUUAAGCCUUUUUGCAUUACAUUGGUGUGUUAGCAUGUGUUUGACCAUUUUACACAGUUUCUGGAUUGCAAUAAGCAGUGAGCAGUGUUUGCGUGUGUAAAGCUGAGAGUGACUCAGUCAGUUGUGGAUACCACACAAGAUCUCUCCCAUGCAGCUGUUUGCUUAAAGCAGCUCCUCAAACCCACCAGCAAAGGCUAUGAGCUCCUGCACACUGAGCCGAGCUGUUCCUGUGAUCAGACAUAUCUAAAGUUUUAGAAAGUAUAGUGGUCAAUCAUAAAUUUUUGUGAGGCAUAUUUGGGCUGUGGAGUUUAGGUCGCUUGCUAGAGUGUUUACCUUGUAGUCUGGGUUGGAACACUCAUGUUAGGAGUAAUGUUGGGCAUGAUUGUUGAGGGCUUUGGGAUGAGAUCAGGAUGUUAGCUCCAGUUAGAUUAGCACAAACUGCAACACCCUUAGCUUAAAGCACCAUGGCAAGGGUUAGGGUUUUUGAUGUUGGGGUUGGCAGAUAUUUGCGUUAGACAUUGGAGUUGGGUGGGGGUUCAGACAUUAACCUUUGUCACCUUACCUUAACCUAAACUAAAACGAUCCGAGCUUAAUGAACCAUUUGUGGUUGGGAGUCAAUCCCAAAAAGAGUUGAUUUUCUGAUUCCACUUUCAAGAGUAAACUCUUGGCUCAAUUUAAUGCAACAAUGUUUAAAUUUACACACACAUGAAGUGUGACAAAAAAAAAUACAGAUUUUCUGCAUUAAUUGGUAAUGAGAUUUUUUUCUUCAUCUAAGUCAGAAGUAUAGACAAACACAAUUUUGUAAAGCUAAUAACACACAAAUAGUUAUAAUCUUUCAUGUUUUUAUUGUGCACACCACUUAACACAUUCACAGUGUUGAUGGAAAAAUUAUUUGAACCUUUAGACUUAAAACAUGGGUGAACCUCCUCUGAAAGCAGUAACCUCAAGUAAGUGCUUCUGAUAGCUAUAAAUCAGACCUGCAUGUAUGGUGGGGGUGGGACAAUUCUAAGGACCUGAGAGUGACAGGAGCCCUAAAAAUUAAAACAUUAGGUAUUUUUUAAUAUUAAAUUGCUGUCCUAUCAUCAUUAAUAGAAUAUUGUACUUGCCAUGUACUUCUUUUCUUUUACUUAUCUUAUUUUUGUUAAAAGUAAACAACCAGAGAGCCUCUAUGUUGCCUUGCCUGCCCCCCACCUCCAUAUACACAAAAUGGUUCAGUCCUGCCUCCCAAACCAGGUGUGUAUGGUACGUGCUAGCAGUGAAUUGCGAGUGAGGUGUAGCGGUGGAGCAUCGUAUCUCAGCUUUCUAAAAAAAAAUUAUACUAAAUCAGUUGUCCUGGCCCCUGCCUGCUGCCGUGAUUAAGGCCAUAGUAUAUUUUAUGAUGACUUUAUGCAUACAUCCAGGCUUUCACACACUUUUUCUUGCGCUGUGCUUGGAAAUAGUUGAAAAAGUUCAUGUAAAAUUUAUAAUUUAUAUAAGGUGGGUUACAAUCAUUAGAAUGUUUGUACAUCUAAGGUAAUUUUACAUUGUUUUUGCUAGUUAUGCUACAGUAGCAGCCACUCACAUAUAUGGGGCAGAAAUACAAAUUUUUCACUCACGAAAACUGAAAACUCAACUGUAAAAACAAAAGCAUUACAGAAACAUUUAACCUUGCUCGCCAUAACUAAGACAACUUUGUUUUUUCUGUUAAUGUAUCUGCUUUUGUUCACACAUGAGCCCUCUUGGUAAUUUUGUGGGAACUGCACUAACCCUCAUGGAGGUAAAUUGCUACUUCAGUUUUAUCGCCUUUUGACUUCAGCUUUUGUUCACACUUAACCCCUUCCAGUUAUAUUCCAGUGUGAAAGUGCAUGUGUAAAAGGGGCUUACAUCUUGAUUUUUGGAAUCAAGAAUUAAAAAAAAAAAAAUCACUGUGUGGAACUGACUCUUGAGAUCUGUCCACUUGGAAUUGGAAUUGGAGUCGACUCCAAAGAUUAGCGUUUG